UACGGCAAUGUUAUUGUCUAACUAGAUAUGGUAAAUGUAGUAUGGUCUUUCUUAAACUGUCUACGAGUAUGGUUCAGUGCACGGUUAGAAGUUAAAACUACCAUUGUACGUUUUAACAUUAACAGAAUACCAACAAAUGGUCUUACAGUGUACUCAAUUCUGAAUUAUCUUUUUGGUUGUAGUCCAAAUGGUAGUUAGCAUUUAUGCGUUAGCUAAUAAACGGUGGUUUGUUGACAGUCGUUUCUAGACAGUCUGUCAACCUAUUGUUCACCUCGCAACUAACGACCGGAUGCAUACGUCUGAGUAAUAUUAAAAGACAAAACAGAAUUUUACUGCAUCAUUGGGUACGUAGCUAACGCUUAUUAGUUAGGAUACAUCACUAACGUAAGUCAAUCAGUAACAGCAACACGGCGUCCUUAAGUUAACUUAAGCACCGUAGGGCAAACCUAUGCUUUCUUGAAAUAGAUAGCGUUAUGUAUGGCUGCAUACAAUCUUUUAAGAUUUACUCACCUAUUGAAGAAAGGACUGCCCAGGAAACAAGUCUGGACAAAACCAAGGAACACCUCUAUCGUGGUGUCAGCUCAAGUUGUGUUAAUUACUGCACUGACAGACUUUGGACCUUUAGUAAAGACCUUCAGUGUUGAAAUCAGUGUCCCAACGUCCCCAUCAUCUCUCCAAGUCCCAUCUUUAUGUAUUCGGAGCAGAGAUAAUGACACAGUAGCUCAAGAAAGGAGGAAAAAAAACCUAGACACAAAGAUGGAUAUACGGCCAAAGACUGGAGCAGAUAGAUUACGAGGCGUACAUUCAAAAGGUUGCCAUCAAAAAAACGGAGCCAGACCUAAACAGACGUUCCGGAAUACUCUUGAACAAUGGUUGGUUAAGCCCCCCAAAAAAACAUGUACAGCUGAACUGUACCAAACCCAACAGGAUGUAGAGAUGGCCGAUGAUGUUGGCUUUCAAAGUGCUUCAGCUCAGGAUCUGUACUGCCAGAAUGCUGAAGUAUCUGACUCAGAUGAAGAACCCCAACCUUUGACACCACAAGACCUGGAUGAAGACCAGUCUAUGUCACCAGCAUCCAAAGAUUUAGCAGGGAGUGAUCUCAUACAGACAGUGUCCCACAAUUAUGAUGGAUUAGAGACUGAAGAAGAAGGGACAAGCUCAGAGAGCGCUGUCAAACACAAUACCAAAAUAACAGACUUCUUUUCAGGGACAUCAUCACCAGGUUUACAUGUGAGACAGGGCAAGCCAGAGAAGUCUGCUAAGAAACAAAAUGCAGACAAGGAAACUACAUCGGCUGUGGUCAAGACUGAUGUCAAAUGGCUGGGGACGCCAAUCAAUAAACUAAAGAGAAUGCCUGAAUGUGGUGGGCCGCUUCCUCCAUUGAAGGAUGUUCCUGGCCAGCACACUGUGAUGAUAAGGACAGACCUUCUUCAGAACGGUAAAGUUCCUGUUCCAUACCCGGCUAAGUUUAAGGAUACCUGGGAUGAUGUCCAUGUCAAGAUGCCCUGUUCGAGCGGGAACCUAUUUCCUGUGCAGGAUGAGAAGCGGAGUCGGUGGGAGCUGAUAAAGGAAACUUUAAACAACGCAUUUACAUGUCAACCCGACCUGCAGAAUGCAAUAUUGAAAUACAAUGCCUCACAGGCCAAGAAAUGGGACUUCACCGCAUUACGUUUGUACUGCACUAAGGUCCUGGAGCCUGAUGCUGCUGAACAUCUGUUUGACUCCCUGCUGCCAGACAUGGUGCAAUUAGCACUGAGAGCGUCUGAGCUCUGUACCAAGCCGAUACCUCUCCUCAAGAGAGGCAUGAACCACUCCAUCACCAUGUCUCAGGAGCAGGUGGCAUGUCUGCUCGCCAACGCCUUCUUCUGCACCUUCCCCCGACGCAACUCCAGAAGGACUGAGUACUACAACUACCCAGACAUCAAUUUCUUCAGGCUGUUUGAGGGACCCUCUUCAAGGAAGAUUGAGAAACUGAAAACCCUGAUGUGCUAUUUUAAAAGUUUGAGUGAGCAAAAGCCAACGGGACUUGUGACAUUCACACGGAAAAGCUUGGAUAAACCUCUGAAUUGGGAAAGCUCACAGACUCAGCUCACAAACCUUCACAUUACUUGUGAAGGGACCAUUGAGGAUGAUGGUUAUGGAAUGCUUCAGGUGGAUUUUGCCAAUCGGUUUGUGGGAGGAGGAGUCACCAGUUCUGGUUUAGUCCAAGAGGAAAUUCGUUUUCUAAUCAACCCUGAGCUUAUUGUUUCUCGCCUCUUCACUGAAGCCCUUGAUCAUAAUGAAUGUCUGAUCAUCACAGGUACACAGCAGUACAGUAAAUACACAGGCUAUGGUCAGACAUACCAGUGGGAUGGCAGCCACCAGGACACAAAUCCAAGUGAUGGCUGGCAGAGAAGGUGCACUGAGAUUGUGGCCAUUGAUGCUCUGCAGUUCAAGAACUUUCUAGAACAGUUUCGUCCAGAGAAACUUAACCGAGAACUCAACAAGGCCUACUGUGGCUUUGCUCGCCCUGAGGAACAAAGCAUAAACCUUGCAGCAAUUGCUACGGGGAAUUGGGGCUGUGGUGUUUUUGGAGGUGACACACGUCUGAAAGCUCUGCUCCAGAUGCUGGCAGCUGCUGAGGCGGGCCGAGAUGUGGCCUAUUUUACCUUUGGUGACAGCCAGCUCAUGACAGAUGUCCACAAGAUGCACUCUUUCCUAACUCAGAGGAAGAUCAGUGUCGGGGAGGUGUAUGAUCUCCUGGGGCAGUACUACAACUCAGUGUGCAAGAGCUGCCUUGGCCGGCGCCCUGACGUCAGCCUCUACUCCUUCAUCUACCAACAGGUCAGCUCCUCCGUGGCGCCAGAUGACUCCGACAGGGGCUUGGCCAGACAUCACGUCCCUGCAGACUGUCGUUAAGGUCAGGUGGCUGAUGAGUCACCGUGCCCUAUCUUCUGAAAACGAAACUAAAGCGGGUUAAAACAUUCUCCGUCUACCUUAAGCUUUUUUCUUCUUCUCUUUCAUAAGGCAAACUUUUGAUUAACAGUGGUCGAUAUACCAAAUGUGGUCUCAGCCACUGGCAGUUGAAAAAAGACAAUCUAGCAUGCAGAUCCUUUUCACAAACAACUGAACUGCAAAGCGUGAUUAGUUUGGACCCUGUAUGCCUGUGUUCAUUUAGCCGCUGCUGGUAAUACGCUGAUCCACUGAGCUUCAAUAGGACGCAAUUGUGAUUUUAAUGGUGAAGCAAAGGUUGCCAUCCAUCUUCUGAGUUUGUCAUGUUGCCUUUUUUACACCCACACAUAUCCGGCCUAAUUGAAUUGGCUGUCAGAAAUCAAGUUAAAGGAAAAGAAUAACAAGAACGGGGUUUUGGAAAGCUUGGCGUGUUCUCAGGAAAACGGUUUGAGUUAAAGAGCUGCCUUGCUCUUUGGGAAAUAAUGUCUUACCUUCUGCACUUACAGCAAAAUUCUAGAAAAAUCCAUGAAUACAUUUUUGGGGUUCUUUGCUGAAUAUGAUAGUGACUCCAAAGAACCCAGUUGCACUUAAAAUAUUAAUUUGAUUGGUUUGUUUCUGUAUUUUAUAGCUCAUUUGUGUGAAUCUGUUAUUUGUAGGCUUUCUUAAUAAUUGCUGUAUAGCUGCACUUGAAUGAAAAGUGAGAUUUUCUUUUUUCUGACAGUUUUUGUUUUUCAAACAGCCUAAAUAAAAUCUGUUUAAAGUAAAUGUAAUAUUCAAAUUAUUAAUAUUGCCUAUGUUUUAUUCUGAAGCACCAUUUGAAUAGAGCCACAAAUGUCAGUCAUAUAUCUCUGAACAGUCAGAAUGAGACCCUCUUGUCUCAUGAAUGUUAAAGGCAAAUGAGUUUCUAUACAGCCUUGCCAUUUAUCUACACUUAGCUAUUGCUUCACCCUUUCACUCACAGUUUAAUAAGGUCAUACCUUUUAUAUAAACUGUACAUGACACCUCAUUAAGUAAAGAGUAGAUCAUAGAACAUUAAGUCAGAGGCGAGAGCCAGGCAGUGGGGCUCCUGGCUGAUUUCUCUGUCCGUCAGAUGAAACUGCUUCAUUUGCAUCAAGAAGAAACUGUUUGACACAAGAUUCAGAGGUUAGACCAUUGUCACUUUGUAUUUAUGCUAAAUAUUGUGAUAUUUGUAGACAUGUCAAAAUAAUCUUGGGCACACAAUACAAUUUCACAUAUGACACUGGGUUCACAACAUUAAAAAUUGAAUUUGAUAUGUAUACUAACACCCUGUUUAAAUCUGAGUUACAGAUUACCCAAUCAGCAGGAGUUUAUGACUGAAUACUUUUAGUUGAAUGUUAGUUUUGUCCCUUACUAAAUAGACUCCUGGGACCCUGAAUAAGUGAAUGAAUAAGCGGAAGCUUGGUGCGCUCAUGGAAUCAGGACUUGAAGUAGGUGGGUCUCUCUUUGUAGCUUGCUGAGUUCAAAAAAAGCCUUUGGUGGCGUCUCUCCUAAUGGGAUCCAUCACAGACACACGGGGUAUCCUACUGGAUUGAUCCCUCUGCAGUAAGCCCCAUGUGUGUCUUUGACCUUUCGGAGACCAUCUGUCAUAGAGUCAUGAACAGUGUUUAGUCUCUUAAACAUGAUCACAUUUUGACACAGGACUGUACUACAGUUUUGGGUGGAACAGUUAGGUAAAUAAUGCAGUUUGCAAAUAAAACUUUGAAAUCUAUAAGCUCGGCAUGCAGAGUGGCAGUUGGAAAAACUACUUUUCUUUGUUAUGUUUGUUGUAUGGGAGAAUAUUUACCCAAAUGACAAAUACACUUCAAGUGAAGCAAAGAGACAUCUAAUUGGUAUUGUAAAAUUUAUUUUUAGCAUCCAUGAAGAUUUGUUUCUGAUUUUUGGGCGUUAUUUUUGAAGCAAAGAUCAGCAUUCAACUGCUUCAGUGGCAAAUUUGGGUUUGAGUUAACAUUUGAUCUGGUGAAUCAGGGGAUCAAGCAACCUUUAACAGGUCCCUUUUUAGGUACAGUGCACUCAUACAUUUGGAUUGAGUACACACUUAAAGCACUAUAGCACACACCAUGUAUUCUUGAGUUUAUUGUUUACAUGAUCAAUGGACCCCAGAGAACAUAAAAAGCAUCAAACAGUUCAGUCAUUCAGUUCAUUAGAGUCUUUUUGAAGCUGAAAGGACAUUGAAAUCUAAUCUUUACACUUUUGCUUUGUUUCCAUCCAGGAAGGUCGGCUCUGAUACUGUAGGGUACUGUAUUAUAAAUGGGGAGGGCUAUUUAAAUUCAUCAUAAGUUAUUUACUUCAUGUUUCCUCAUCAUUUUUGAUCAUUAGUGGAAACUCUCUGUAGUGUUUGGAGGAGUUAUGUGAGGAUCUCUUGGCCACAGAAUAAAGGUAUUAUCAGCUGAAUAUUGAUAUGUUUGAUGGAACCCUGGGAGCUGUGGCUUACAUUUGCUUGGACUGAAUACAUGAGACAAAAAUAUGAUUCCUUGUCAUGAGCUGCCUUUUGUUAAGCAUUCAUACUUUGUCCUUUUCAUGAGAAUAUCUUAUUUUAUGAAAAACAAAGUGGAUGCUGCACAUACUGCAUAUACAUACAGGGGCUUUGGAGUACAUGUGGGAUUCACCUUAUUUGCAAUUGAUUCUGAGCUUAGAAAAUUAGUCAUCAAUUACCAUUUUACACUCUCUUGGUGAAAGUCAGGAAUUCUAACAUCAAAAGACAAAAAAAGUUUAAAUGUUGGAUUAGGUUCCCCAAUAUAACAUCAGUGCAUCUUAACAUUGUUUUCCUGUUUGCCUAUUCAUUUUCCUUCCAUGUGUUCCUUCACUAUGGGCUGGCCUCAGUGCAUUUUUUUCAUUCCAGUUCAUUAAACCUCUAGUAUGACCCCUCUAUUACAGAAGUCACCUGUUCAAAAUUACAUUUUAGACAUCA